CACGGUGGUCCCUGGGCGCGGCGAUAUGCCCGAGCUGGUGGUCACUGCGCUUUUGACGCCGUCGCGCCUCACGCUGAAGUUGCUGCGAGCCUUGAUGUGGUGCCUGGUGGUCUCCGCUGCGUUGGUAACCGCGGCUGUGUACGGCUGCAUCGCGCUGACCCACGUGCUGUGCCGGCCGCGGCGCGGCUGCCGUGGGCGCCCCCGGUGUGUCGUUCCCGCCUGCCUGAGCGACCCUUCGCUGGGUGAGCACGACUUCCUGAUCCUCAAGAGCUCGGGCCUGCGCCUGCACUAUGUCUCCUCCGGACGAGGCAACGGGCCCCUCAUGCUCUUCCUGCACGGCUUCCCAGAAAACUGGUUCUCCUGGCGCUACCAGCUCCGGGAGUUCCAGAGCCGCUUCCAUGUCGUGGCUGUGGACCUGCGUGGCUACUGGCCCUCGGAUUCUCCACAAGAUGUGGACUGGUACACCACCGACCUGCUGAUGGUGGACAUCCAGGAUGUCAUCUUGGGUCUGGGUUACUCCAAGUGCGUGCUCGUGGGCCACGACUGGGGCGCAAUCCUGGCCUGGAAUUUCUCCAUCUACUACCCGGCACUGGUGGAGCGGCUGGUGGUGGCCAGUGCUGCACCCAUGUCUGUGUACCAAGACUACUCCCUACGCCACAUCAGCCAGCUCUUCCGUUCCCACUACGUGUUCCUAUUCCAGCUUCCCUGGCUGCCCGAGAAGUUGCUCUCCAUGUCUGACUUCCAGAUCCUGAAGACUACGCUCACCCACCACAAGACGGGCAUCCCACACGUGACCCCCAAUGAUCUUGAGGCCUUCCUGUACAGCUUCACGCAGCCCAGUGGCCUCGUGGGGCCCCUCAACUACUACCGGAACAUCUUCAGAAACUUCCCUCUGGAGCCCCAGGAGCUGUCCACGCGCACACUGCUGCUGUGGGGGGAGAAGGACACCUACUUGGAGCCGGGACUGGUGGGCGCCAUUGGUAGCCGUUUUGUGCCUGGCCGGCUGGAGGCCCACAUCCUGCCAGGUGUGGGGCACUGGGUCCCACAGAGCAACCCUGAAGAGAUGAACCAGUACAUGUGGGCCUUCCUACAAGACCUGCUGGACUAGCAGCCCUCGCUCACCUCACUCACUGGCCUGCCUAGACACACAGCACACAGACACUCAGGAGUACACACCUGUGGCAUGCUUGUGUGCAUGUGCCUGGGAGUUCAUGCACACAGACACACAGGAACAUACACUGCAAUAUACACAUGCCUGGGAGGCCACACAAGAUACAUGCACACGAACACCCAGGAAUGCACAGGUGCUGUGUGUGUACUUGGGAGUCCACACAGCAUGCAUGCAUGUAGAUAGCCAAGAACACAUCCAUUUUGUGCAUGCACCUGGGAGUCCACACAAUGUACAUACAUACAGAGAUUCGGAAGCAUACACUUGCUUUGUGUAUAAGCGUGCCUGGGAGUCCACACACGUACAUGUGCAUGAAUGCUCAGGAACACACACCUGCUGCAUGUGUGCGUGUGUCUGGCAGUCCCCCCACUCAAUGUACAUGCACACAGACACUCGGGAACACACACUCGCAGCAUGUGUGUAUAUGCACCCUAGAAUCUAUAGAACAUACAUGCACACAGAUACUCAGGAACACACACCUGCCGUGUGCAUGUGUGCACCCGAGAGUUUGUACAACAUACAUGCUUGUGGACACUAAGGAACACACAACUGCUGUGUGUAUGCAUACACUAGGAGUCCACGCAACAUACGUGAAUGAGCGGACUCCUGGAUCACACACAGGCUUGGAGCUCUUGAGUUGUACUCAAGUGCAUCUGUGCACUCACUCGUGCACACCUGCCCAUAUGCUUACCCACCAGCAAAUGUGAGCAAGCACUUUGACCCUAGGAAUCAGGUACAUCUCCUCCAUGGAGCUGAAUGCCAGAACUGGAUGUCCCACAUCUCCCUUCUUGGAUCCCUACCAUUCUCCUUGACAAAGUCGGCCCCCCAUGGCCUCAUAAACCAUAAACUUGGACCUUCCUGUGCCUGGCUCCCAUCUCCUGGGUCUGCAGCUGAAUGCUGCACUCUCCAAUACAGUAACUGCUGGCCACAUCAGGCUACUUCAAUUUCAAUGUAAGUUAAUUAAAAUGAAAUAAAAUUAAAAAUUCAGUUCUGUAGUCUCACCAACCAUAUUUCAAGUGCUCAAUAGUCACACGUCCAUCAGGCAAGAAAGUUAUGUUGGAUGGUGUCUUAGGCUGCGUCCCCUAGAGAGGCAAAACCAGUAAAGCAUAUAAACAUAUAUAGAGAGAGAUUUAUAUCAAGGAAAUGACUCACACGGUUGUAGAGACUGGAACAUCCCAGGUCUGUGGAUCAAAAUAGAGGCUUCUCCUGAUUCAUGUAGCCAUGGUUAAACUUUCAGUCUCUACUAAGGCCCAGUAACAAGCCAAAAGCUGUUUCUCAAAAGGAGAGUAGAUAUCUGCAGAGGAUGGCAGGGCUUUGCUCCAAAAUCCUAAGACUCUGCUUUGUGAUUCACCAGUACAGGCCUGCCAUAGACUCCAAAAAGCACCUCUAUCUGCCAUGGACACUUCAAGCAUCAUUUCAUCAGCUGGAUGAUAUGGUCCAAGUGGCAGAGCCACUUGCACAGCAGCCUGAACCUGUUGCAGAGUCUUCUCUUGGUCUGGGCCCCAAUCAAAACUAGCAGCUUUUCAAGUCACUAGAUAGAUAGGCUGGAGUAGCACACCCAGAUAAGGGAUAUGUUGUGUUCAAAAUCCAAAGAGGCCCACUAGACAUUGUGCCUUCUUUUCCGUUGCGGGCCGAAAUGUGGUAACUUAUCCUUGACUUUAGUAGGAAUAU